UUGAACAGUCUGAUGUGUGCAAUGUAUUCGUCUACGAAACUUAUUGCUUGUGCGCUAAUUUUUGCCCAACUACUGGGCACUAUUCGUUGUGGAGUAUACGACCUGACGGAUAACUGGGUGAAUUCCGAUAAGACGGCUAAUUUUCCCGAUAAUGCUGUGCUCGGAGGCAUCGAUUCGGAUGGAUACAACAGCUAUGUGGGACGCAUCAUUUACGCCAGCUCAGUGCUGCCAGCACGUGUUAGAGCCGAGACUGGAUACGCUACCUACAACACCGAUGUAAUCGCUAAUCAGGCCGCCGCCUAUCAACUGUUGAUAAGCAAUUCGACGCUCAGCUACAGUUGGGUGCGCAGUUACGAUGGAUUCAGGGAGAAUAAUGCUGUAUCUGUGGGCACAAGUGAUCUGAACGAACGCGUUUACGUCUGCCGUGCUAAAGUUGACAAUGGUAUUUUCAUUGGCACUCUGUAUUUGGCAAAGAAAAUGUGCUUCAUCCGCUACGAGAACUUUCCUCUAAGACAGCUCAGCAAGUACGAGGUGCUCGUUCGAAACGUUACACCGUUUCUGCCACUCUUCAACAAUCAAAUCAACUGAUUAAUUAGUUUGGUUAAUCAUAUGCUAACGAACAUAAGGUGUUGAUAAGAUCAAACAGAAAUAUGUGUGUUCAAAAUAAGAGAAUACUUAAAAUAUUGCUUAAAAAUAAUACAACUGCAAGA